AUGCGUUCGCACAAAGCACGGCAGCACGGUUACCGGGGUCAAAACAAAACCGCUCGGGCCGGUGUGUUGCCUGCGCUGGACUACGAGGCUGUCACCGCCUCGGUGGGUCAGGUCCCUGCCGCGCGGGUGGAGCUGCCUAGGUUUCGCUCCUACACCAACUGCUGCAGCCAGGUGGCCCGCUUUUUCAUGACGAGCAUGGAUGUGGACGCGCAGCUGGCCCAGCAGGCGAGGCAGGAGCUGGAGGAUGUCUUCGCGACUGCGUCGAAGCAAGCGGGCGAGCCAGCCCAAGAGAACCCGGAGGGGGAGGGACGUCCUUCAAAACGGCGAAAGGACGACAGCAAGCAGGGCAAGGGUCCAUCCUACAGUUCCUGGGACAGCAACUGGAGCGGCGGUCAGCGUCCCAAGCGGCACUGGAAGGACGAUGCCCAGCAGGAGGCAGGGAGCGGCGAGGGCAAGCAGACCCAGGAGCUCCUGAAGUGCCUGGUGAAGAUGACGGUGAGGCACGAGCAAGAGCUCAUGCGCAUCCGCCCGGAUGUGGGCUUUAUAGCCUUCGUCGAUACUUCAAGCCUCGGCUGUGUCGAGUUGCUACAGGGAGUGCUCAAGGCCUGGCAGGCUCAGUUCGAAGCGGGCACGGUAAAGACUGCCCUGAGGACGAUUCUUGCUAUGAGCAUGAUGAAGGAUCUAAAGGAGAGGGCCGAGGCUAUUCUCCGAGACGAGGACAAGCUCCAACGCUGCCUGACUGUGGGCUGGGCGCUGGAAACCGAGUCGGGGCUGAACCCUGCAUGGAUCUACCAAACAUGGGACUCGAAAGAGAAGAAGCAGGUUCGCUCGGAAGCACCGCCGCUCAAGCACACCGAGGCUCUCCGCUUUGGUGGACGUUCUCCUGGAAAAUCUCCCGCGGGAGGGAGUCCUCACCCGUUCUCGUGCCCCAAGCUUCAACAGGAGACUUUUAUGGAGGAGGUGAUCCCUGUGACCCUGCAGCUGAGCCUGCGCGGAGAGGCGAGCGAAGCCUGUCACAAGGCCCUGAAACAGCUGAGUGGCAGAGGCAUACUUAAGUAUGCCGUACUGCGACUGGAGUCGGCGGGGCAACCAGACCCCUUGGCCACGCAAGGCGACCUAGGUCGGUCGUCUGCGGCGGCUGCGCUAGAGGGAGCGCGGCCGCGGGCCGCACCUGCCAUGCAGGCGCCUGCACUCUUCAGCACCCGACUGGUGAAUCGUACGAACGUGUGCUACAUCAAUACUACCCUGCAGGUGCUUGUAUGGCUCAUGGAAUUCAGUGGGGCCUGCCUUGGCCGAUUGCAGGCUGCUUCUGGGAUACUUCGGGCUGGUAGGGGGAUACAUCUGCCAGACUGCUUUGCGUUGCGUGGACUUUUCAGCACCUGGGCCAUGUUGCACCAGCAACAUGAUGCAGGCGAAUUUCUGCAUCACAGCUUGGAGUUUGCUCGGGCGGAGGCAUGGAACGGUCGCUGGGAAGCCAGACUCAGCAAUCCGGCUGUGGUGCAUGAUGCAGGUACUCUGCAUCAGGCGAUCCUGCUUCACAUGCGAGGCGCCAACUUGCAAGAGCUUCUGGAUGCCUGGAGUAGUCAGUUUGCCGUGCAUGCCAUAACCCAGCAUAAUGGUCUAGUAUUCCUGCAGCUCGGGAGAUAUGCCAGUCACAAUGCCAAGAAUCGUGAUAAGCUGCGCGUACGACCAGGCGACUCCGUGGCCGUUCCCAUUUUUGCCGAGCACUCCUGCACCAGUUUGCGUCAUGAGACCUUCACUGUGGUCGCGCUGGUUUAUCACUUAGGGGAAACU